GUUUAUUUUACAUUUUUGCAGGUACAAUCUUGACCCACAGGGUGAGAAAUCUGAUAAAGAUUUGUGGCAAGCGUUGGAGAUUGCUCAGCUGAAACCUGUAGUAUCGACACAAGAUGAAGGCCUAGAUGCAAUGGUUACAGAAGGCGGUGAGAAUUACAGUGUCGGUCAGCGUCAACUCUUCUGCCUAGCGAGGGCGUUCUUGAGGAAGACCACGAUUCUGGUAAUGGACGAGGCAACAGCAUCGAUUGAUAUGCAAACUGAUGCAAUUCUUCAAGAUGUUGUGGCAACAGCCUUCAAAGACAGGACAGUUCUUACUAUCGCUCAUCGCAUUGCGACCAUCCUGAACUCGGAUAAGAUUCUUGUGCUGGAUGCCGGCAGGAUGAUUGAGUUUGACACUCCGGAUGCUCUGAUGGAACGAGACAGCGUUUUUGCUUCUCUUGUGCGCAACGAUAAAUAAAUAAUCAAUGCAGUGUUGGAGGUGAUGGGGUACGAAGAUGGAGUGGGAAUCGAUAAUCAUGUGAGGGAUCUGUAAUUAAAUGAGGGGCAGUAGGUUGUACAAUAGGGUGAUGUGAGGUGCUUUUUAAGUACAUACUUUUUGGAAAUUUUCAAGGGUGAGGGAGCUGACUGGGAGAGGCCGCAGUAUUUUUUUUUGAGGGGCGUGCACGCCCGCCUAGAUACGCCAGUGUUUCAAUGUAGUUGUAACAUAAUUCUUGGAAAAGAGAUGAGUGUGUAAAUUUAUGAUAUCAGGGAAUUUCAUAUCAUUUAUGUAGUCUUUAGUAUACUUUUACAUAUUAAGUGUAAGUAAUUUGAGCGGCAGGGCAAACUGCCAAAAAUGAACUAAAUAAAUAUGGUACAUACAAUUCACAUCAGUGCCUAUAUUAAUAAUAUUAAUAUUUAAAAAUUACUGUAUUAAAAUCUAGAAAAAAAUUAUGUUAAAAUUAUAAACAAGAAGUAACUAUA